AUGUCGCUGCUGCCGACAGACGCGCGGCGAUUCGGAGAUGCUCCAGGCGGCACGCAACACGCUGCUGGGCCAGUGGCUCGUCUUCAACCAGCACUCGUCGGGCGCAUGCACGAGCUCGAGAUUGCGUACGGCAACUCGCUCGACGCACUGCGUGGAGAAGCCGUUGUCCCGAUGCAGAACCUCUCCAUGAUGGCGCCCCGUGGCGCGGGCGCGUCGUCAGGGGCGAGCAGCUAUGGGCGCGAGAUUGCGUAUCCGCAGGACCGGUGGAUCCUCUGCAACGCGGGCGACGACGUGUUUGAAUACGUGCACAAGGUGCUCGACCGGCAAGAGGCGCUGAUCGAACCGCGAGAGAGGGCGUGGCGGGAGCACGGGGUCACGGGAGAGCGAAUGUGGCAGGAGCGGCGGGGCGGGGAGCAGCACGACGCGGGCCUCGUGGUGUGGGAUGUCAAGACACGGUACAUCCGGCUCCGGGGCAAGGCGCGGUCGCCCAUCUUUGUGAUUCCGGCACACGGCGAGCACCCGGGGGUGGCGGAGACGCGGCGUCUCGAGGCGGCGCCGGGGGUGGUGUCGGUGGUGACGCCGACGUGGCCGGCGCGGGUGUCGGACUGGGAGCAAAAGUUCCGGGACGCGCUGCACGACGGCAAGAAGCGGUCGAUUGCCAACUUUGAGCUGCGGGCGGAGAACGACAAGCUGCGCGAGAAGACGUCGCUGCUGGAAAAAGAGUGGCAGAAGCUGCAGCAGACGACGGCGCGGUACGAGCAGUACUACUCGGGCGCCAAGACGGAGAGCGAGGUGAAGGCGGUCGAGGUGAGGAUGCAACGUAUGCACGACGACUUUAUCAAGCUGCGCAGCGAAAGGGAUGCGACGGUGGAGAGGGCAUCGGCGACGACGGCGAUGGUGAGGCGGAUUAUGCAGAAACUCGAGAAGGAGAUGCCGGCGAAGUAUACUGAGCUCAUGAAGGCUUUCCCGGUGGGCGAGGAGGAGCAGGAGGGAGAGGACGAGGGUGAGGAGGUAGGGAAACAGAAGCGGGCCAAGCAGGCCAAGUCAAAGGUGGAUAUCGCCGAGUUGCAUCCUGGCGACUCGGACUCGGAAGGCGUAGGCAGUGUCUAG